UUCCUACUCCGAUCGCGUUGGUUGGCGGAGGUUGUGCUUGGCACUGACUUUUUGUUUCCAUCACCUCGAACAACGGCUAGAGCAGACAACCAUUGCACACCAUGGUGGAAAGCCUCAAAUUCCCGGACCGGUUCGAAAUUGUUCGCAGUGGCGCGGACGGGGACUUCAAGUCAAAGUUGGUUGUGCUCCGCCCGUUCCAGGCAAAGGAAGUCAUGGCUAAAAUUGAAGGGUGCUAUGAAGCCUUUAAGAGGUGGUCAUCUGUGCAAAUUUCGGCGGAUAAGCACAUCGAGUUGAACUCUGAGCUCGUCUUUAUGAAUCACUCCUGCGAUCCCUCUGUCAUUAUUGACGUUGAAACGUUGGAAGUGAUUGCAGCUCGGGACUUGCAGCCGGGAGAUGAAGCGACCUUUUUCUACCCAAGUACGGAAUGGGAUAUGAGCCAACCUUUCGACUGCUGGUGUGGAGCACCACAGUGCAUCAAGCGUGUGUCAGGCGCAAAGAAUUUACCAGCGGAAGCUUUGAAGUGCCAAUUCAUCAACAAGCACAUUAGAUCGCUAUUAGAUAGACAAGCAUAGGCAGGACUUGCGGUUAUUUAUCAUGCAUAACAGUCUUUCAAACAUCAGACUAUUCGCGUUAUUUACUGAGUAUUAGAGCAAUCAUUUGUUUUCGUUUAGUGACUUUACGACCAAUUACAACUUUCUGGCCAAGCUCUGUACAUUUAAAAUAAUACAUUAAGAGAUCAAAAAUCUAAUACACGAA